ACAAUAAAAUAGUUACAAUCAAAUGUCAAUGUUAUGAGUUCUUUAUAAUAUUAUUGAUGGCCAUAGGAACAAAAUAGGUAACAUAGCUGUGUGGUUUAUGAUUAUAACUUUUUUUUUUAACAUUUAUUAGAAGAUAUACAAUCUGUAAUAUUAUUUACAAUGAGCAUAUUAUGAGCGGAAUUUACAAUGACUGUGACAGUGUGAGGUGAGUACCUAGCUACCCAGCAAUCACACUUGACGUGAAGUAUGAAUAUAACUAUAAGUGUAAAACUCUGUUUAGCUAGUGUCGGUUAAAAAACUAAACUUAGACGUGCCAUAAUGAAUUUUUUUUCAGUUAUUUUACUAACAUUGUUAUUGUUUCUAUCGUCUUUAAUAUCAUAUAUUGGAUCGAGAAAUUUAAAUAUUCUUUCUGUGUUACCACUAGGUCCAUAUAAAUUGAACUUCAAACAGGUAAGGAGUUGUGAUUCUUCAAAAUCCUAUAAAAUACAACAUAAUUUUUACCUGAGCUUUAACCAAAUAUCCAACGCAACUGAAAUCAGAGGAACUACAAUCAGUAUCGUUCCAUUUGAUGACACUUUGUUUAUGGAAGCAAAUGUUGCAUUACGAGAUAAAGACGGGAAUUGGAAAGACAAUACGUAUAUGCACAAGUCUCCAAAAGCUUGCUCGUCAUUCAGGAAUUUAAUGGGCGCCGAGUGGACCACGGUGAUAAACGGUUUGGGAAUAAAGAAUGCCACAUGCCCUAUACCACCGGGCAAUUAUACGGGUACAGGCGUGGAUACAUCGUUAAUUUCAAACACCAAUUUCCCUAAAACAUUUGUUUACGGGACGUACAGACUUCGAUAUUAUUAUACUCGUAAUAAUGAAGUUUAUACAUGCUUAAUUUAUGUAUUUGAAAUUAAGCCCCUUUAACAUAGAUUUUAUAAUAGUUUAUACAAAAGUAUACAUGACACAAUAUGUUAUGUAUUGCUGUAUCAUGAAUAUUAUAUAAAUAAUAUUAAGAUUAAAACUAUUUGCUAUAGGUUUUGAAAAGAAUCAUAAUAUGUCACAGGUGAAAUUCCAAAACAAACUAUACAAUAUUUAAUAAUCUAAUUAACAGCGUAGAAACAUAUUGCAAUCCAUCAAAUUAGAUUAAGAUAACAAUAUUAUGUAAUCAAAUAACAUUUAGUAUAAUUUUUAGCAUAGUCAAUAAGUACAAUGUAUAACUAGGCUAAGCUUAAUACCGAUAUUACCGAUACUGCUUCGAUAAUAAAAUUGAUAUAUAAAAAUACGUGAAAACAGAAAAAGGGUUAGUGCUGGUGAUCGUGUGACGCGAUCACCACUGAACGCUAGUGUUUAAUAAAAGUGCUUAUAAUACUA